CACAUAUAUUCCAUUCAUCUCGAGUACCACCGAACAAAACAUACAGAUGGACGUAAAGAUUAGCGCCAACAGUAGAACAGCAUGCAUUGCUCAUGGGUUCCUGCUGCUGCUUCUAGUUCGACACAGCACGCAACAGGGCGAUUUCAAUGAUUACAUGAAACGAGAGCAUUCCCUUUUUAAACCGUAUCAAGGAUCGGGCAUGACAAUACCGUACUGGGAUUUCAUAGGCACCACAUUUGUCACGAACUCCUACGUCCGGCUGACGCCAGAUCUGCAAUCGAAGAAUGGAGCAAUUUGGAAUCAUGUGCCUUGCACAUCGAUUAAUUGGGAAAUGCAGGUGAACUUCAAGGUGCACGGUAAAGGUAAAGAUCUUUACGGUGACGGCUUUGCGUUCUGGUACGCUCGCGAUCGACUUCAAUCGGGCGCAGUAUUCGGCAGCAAGGACAAUUUUAUGGGUUUGGCCAUCAUUCUGGAUACGUACAGUAAUCACAAUGGUCCCCAUAAUCAUCAACACCCGUACAUUAGCGCCAUGGUGAACAAUGGUAGUCUGUCGUAUGAUCACGAUCGUGAUGGUACACACACACAGGUGGCAGGCUGUGAAGCAAAGUUCCGAAACGUGGAGUUCGACACGCAGAUCAGCAUACGGUAUGAAAACGACGUACUGACCGUAUUUACCGAUUUGGAGAACAAGGCGACAUGGAAGGAAUGUUUCCGGGUGGAAGGUAUUAAACUGCCCACCGGAUACUUUUUCGGUGCAUCAGCCACAACCGGUGAUUUAUCCGAUAACCACGAUAUUAUUUCGAUCAAGUUUUACGAACUAGAAGCACCGUCACUACUUGCGGAAGAUCGUCGUCAGAUCGUUCCUUCGGCGGCCAGCUUUGAAGCACCGCGCGAACAUAAAGACGACCCAAAACCGGGCAUGUCGAAUGUAAAAAUAUUCUUCCUGAUUCUUCUAUCGAUGCUGAUUGUCGUGGUACUAGUAGUGAUCGGAAUUAUGUUUUACCAGAAACAUCAAGAGAACGCUCGCAAGCGAUUCUACUAAAUGGUGAACCUUUCGCUUCGUGGUUCUAUAUACCGAGUAUGGUUCGAAUCUAAUCCCUUCUCGAAAACCAACCGUAACUGAAUCACACGGUACAAGUGAUGAAUACGCAACAAGUACCAAACGAAUAGGGAUUUUUAGCGAAAUCCUUGUACACACAUCUCAAUAGAACGAUACAACUUGUGAGGAAUUAAUUUACAAAAAACGGACUAGCAGAAAUGGACCAUCGUUAGUUAGGAAGCGCUUGCAUGUAACAAAAACGAACAAACAUAACUAUCCUAAAGCACUACUCCCAUUACUACUCUUCAUCACCAUGACUGCAAGGGAAGGCAUAUCUCUUCUGUUGUAAAUCUUUUUUUUUCGCCACCCAACAAUGGUCAUUCAUGGAAUAUGCUACAAGCCAAUCUUUAGGUUAAUCUCGCACGGAUAAAUUGCAACAUACGAACAAAUUCCCAGACGCUGUAAGGAAUAACCUUCUUCGUAAUCGUAAACCUUCCAUGGGUGGACAGCAUCAGGUAUAGUGGAUUUCAUUAGGUCCCGGUUGAAUUGGAUGUACGAAUUACAUGGUGGAUUUCAGUUUAUAUAUGAUAUUUAGCCUGUGUUCCUACUAAAGCACAGAAUUUGUGGUUUUAUGGGUAAGGAAGUGUGUGUAGAUGAAAAUUGUCCAUUGCGAUAAAUCGAAUGACGAAUACAGUAUGAGUGAAAGACAAAAUCCUAGUACCAUUCCUAA